CCGCGGACACUUGGAGGCGCCCACUAGCGUUUAUGUGACAAUUGAUGGAGCGAUUUGGGGAAGAUGGACUUUGAUAAACCCUAAACCACGACCACACAAUUAGUCUGAUGAAUAGUGUUUUCUAAGCUCCUUGUAUGCCUGAUCCCCAUCUUCCGUUGCAGACUCCUUGCAAUCCAAAAGGGACAAUGGCAGCGGUAACGAGUCCGGAAACGACACCUCAGCCCCGGGUCUAUUUUCAAACACCUCCCGGUACCGAAGAAGAAGUGCCACAGAAGCAAGGACGAGUGACCGUAAAAUAUGACAGAAAAGAAUUGAGAAGGCGGCUGAAUUUGGAGGAGUGGAUAGUUAGCCAGUUAAUGAAUCUGUACGACUGCGAGGAAGAUGAGGUGCCUGAGCUGGAAAUAGAUGUGGAUGAGCUUCUGGAUCUGUCCAGCGAUGUCGAGAGAGCCAUUCGAGUGAAGAUGCUGCUGGUCGACUGUUAUAAGCCUAAUGAUGACUUUGUGGCGGCGCUGCUGGAGAAGGUCAGUGGGAUGCAGAAACUGAGCACCCCUCAGAAGAAAGGGGAGCUGACACCAUGAGGUCAUGUCAGCUCCUCCCCCCACCACAAAAACAACCUGUCACUCCAAACCCAGAGGAGAGAUGCAGGCAUGCAGACCCAACCACUAAACCACAGCGUCUGUCAAACGGAGAUCAAUGAUACGAGCCCAGCCAAGACAACCUCAGCUGCAGGUUGACCAACUGUUUUUACUUCGUCUUAGUACUGUUUCAGCAUAUCUUACAUGUAGAGAGUGUGGUAGUGUCCCAUUAGCUUAAAACCCCCGUGGUGAUUUAGGGAAAGGAGUCGAAUGGUUGAUGUUACGGUUACACUGCUCACUAUUACACUUUUUUUUCAGCCUCGUGACUUGGCUUGAUGUGUCUGUCUGUGAUCAUAUAGGAAGUUAGAACAAAGAAUUUCUUUUUACCCCCUUUUUUGACGGUCUCUCGCAAGGGGUGAAACGAUUUUUUGCAGGCCAGAAAAUAUUAGUUUUAGAUAGAGGUUUUCAGAUUUUAGGGUGUGUUGAUGUAAGUUGGGAAGAGGGAGGGGGAUGAGAAUUGUUAACUUGUGUUUUUUGUAAGCCAUUUUUAAUCUACCAUUUCUAGGGAAAAAAAACACAACAGGUCUGUGCUUAGUACUACUGUUUUUAAAAAUCAUUAAACUAAAGGGAAAAUUAAACUAGUUUGAAGUUCUUUCAGGAUGAAGAGUAGCAAUACUGAUUGAGUGAAUUUGCCAAUUUGUUACAUCGGAUAUUUUUUCUAACUUUACAAAAAAGAAGUGUAUGCCAAAUUGUGAUGAAGGCUAUGAAUGAAGAUGCUUUGGUGGUGUAGGCCAAGGUCAGUACUAAAUCAAGCUCAAAGCCUGCAUAUCUUUUGUAAAUAAAACUUUUAUUCAGUUUCAAGUGAACAUGAUUUAAGAAACUGUUUAGAACUUGUUGGAAUGGCAAAAACUGUACUGUGUGCACUCUCACAACCAAAUACAUGUAGUAAGGCUCUCAAAUAAAGAAUGGUGCUACAUGUCGACUUCAUUCUUUUUCUAGAAA